AUGUACCGAUCCACCAAGGGCGCCUCCAAGGCGCGCCGCGACCAGAUCAACGCUGAGAUCCGGAACCUCAAGGAACUGCUGCCGUUGGCUGAAGCGGACAAGGUCCGGCUGUCCUACCUGCACAUCAUGAGUCUUGCCUGCAUCUACACUCGCAAGGGUGUCUUCUUUGCUGGAGGCACUCCUCUGGCUGGCCCCACGGGGCUUCUCUCAGCUCAAGAGCUUGAAGACAUUGUGGCAGCACUACCUGGAUUUCUGCUUGUGUUCACAGCUGAAGGGAAGUUGCUAUACCUGUCUGAGAGUGUGAGCGAGCAUCUGGGCCACUCUAUGGUGGACCUGGUUGCCCAGGGUGACAGUAUCUACGACAUCAUUGACCCUGCUGACCAUCUCACUGUUCGCCAGCAGCUCACCAUGCCCUCUGCUCUGGAUGCUGAUCGCCUUUUCCGUUGCCGAUUCAACACCUCCAAGUCUCUCCGGCGCCAGAGUGCAGGAAACAAACUGGUGCUUAUUCGAGGUCGAUUCCAUGCUCAUCCACCUGGGGCCUACUGGGCAGGAAACCCUGUGUUCACAGCUUUCUGUGCCCCACUGGAGCCAAGACCCCGCCCUGGCCCUGGCCCUGGCCCUGGCCCUGGCCCUGCUUCACUCUUCCUGGCCAUGUUCCAGAGCCGGCAUGCUAAGGACCUAGCCCUACUGGACAUCUCUGAAAGUGUCCUAAUCUACCUGGGCUUUGAGCGCAGCGAACUGCUCUGUAAGUCAUGGUAUGGACUGCUACAUCCUGAGGACCUGGCCCACGCUUCUUCUCAACACUACCGCCUGUUGGCUGAGAGUGGAGAUAUUCAUGCAGAAAUGGUAGUGAGACUUCAAGCCAAGCUUGGAGGCUGGACGUGGAUCUACUGCAUGCUAUACUCAGAAGGUCCAGAAGGCCCUAUUACUGCCAACAACUACCCUAUCAGUGACACGGAAGCCUGGAGCCUCCGCCAACAGCUGAACUCUGAAGACACCCAGGCAGCCUAUGUCCUGGGAACCCCAGCCAUGCUACCCUCAUUCCCUGAGAGUGUCUUCUCCCAGGAGCAGUGUUCUAACCCACUCUUUAUGCCAGCCCUGGGGCGUUCCAGAAGCACCAGCUUCCCCAGGGCACCUGAACUAGGUGUGAUCUCAACAUCAGAAGAGCUUCUCCAACCCCCCAAAGAGCUGGACUUCAGUUACCUGCCAUUCCCUUCUAGGCCUGAGCCUUCUCUCCAAGCAGACCUGAGCAAGGAUUUGGUGUGUACUCCACCUUACACACCCCAUCAGCCAGGAGGCUGUGCCUUCCUCUUCAGCCUCCAUGAACCAUUCCAGGCUCACUUGCCCACUCCAUCCAGCUCUGUUCAAGAACAGCUGACACCAAGCACCGUGACUUUCUCUGAUCAGCUGACACCCAGCAGUGCAACAUUCCCAGACCCACUAACCAGUUCAUUACAAGGACAGUUGACUGAAACCCCAACCAGAAGCUAUGAAGACCAUUUGACUCCGUGCACCUCUACCUUCCCAGACCAGCUGCUCCCCAGCACUGCCACAUUCCCAGAACCUCUGGGUAGCCCCGCCCAUGAGCAGCUGACUCCUCCCAGCACAGCCUUCCAAGCACACCUGAACAGUCCUAGCCAAACUUUUCCAGAGCAACUGAGCCCCAAUCCUACCAAGACUUACUUCGCCCAGGAGGGAUGCAGUUUUCUCUAUGAGAAGUUGCCCCCAAGUCCUAGCAGCCCUGGUAAUGGGGACUGCACACUCCUGGCCCUAGCUCAGCUCCGGGGCCCUCUCUCUGUGGAUGUUCCCCUGGUGCCUGAAGGCCUGCUCACACCUGAGGCCUCUCCAGUCAAGCAAAGUUUCUUCCAAUACUCUGAGAAAGAACAAAAUGAGAUAGAUCGUCUCAUCCAGCAGAUCAGCCAAUUGGCUCAGGGCGUAGACAGGCCCUUUUCAGCUGAGGCUGGCACUGGGGGACUGGAGCCACUUGGAGGGCUGGAGCCCCUGAACCCCAACUUGUCCCUGUCAGGGGCUGGACCCCCUGUGCUUAGCCUGGAUCUGAAGCCCUGGAAAUGCCAGGAGCUGGACCUCCUGGUUGACCCAGAUUCUUUAUUCCUGGAAGAGACGCCAGUGGAAGACAUCUUCAUGGAUCUCUCUACUCCAGACCCCAAUGGGGAAUGGGGAUCGGGGGAUCCUGAGGCAGAGGUCCCAGGAGGGGCCCUGUCACCUUGCAACAACUUGUCCCCAGAAGAUCACAGCUUCCUGGAGGACUUGGCCACCUAUGAAACCGCCUUUGAGACAGGUGUCUCAACAUUCCCCUACGAAGGGUUUGCUGAUGAGUUGCAUCAACUCCAGAGCCAAGUUCAAGACAGCUUCCAUGAAGAUGGAAGUGGAGGGGAAACAACGUUUUGA